UUGUACCCAUAACUCCUUCAAAACACUCAACAUAUAUUUUCUAUAAUUGUAAUACCAGGUGGAACAUGGAAGAAGAAUUCGCUACUCUUCCCCAAUCAUUAUUUUUCUCUUCCGACGAAGGGGAAGAGAACUCCAUUCGUAGCAACAGCAAAGGUUACGACUUUACGAGGCAAGAAGAACAACCGCACCGCCGCACACGACAGCAGCGGAGGGCCAUUUGCUGGAGUGGCUGCCGGCGCCCUGAUGUCACUUGCAUCUGCCCUUUUCUCCCCCCUUCCCCAAUCCACACCUCCACUACUCUUAUCAUCCUCCACCACCCCCAUGAGCUCCGAACCAACAAGCUCGCCACACUUCCUGCCCUCUCUCGCUCCCUAAUCCGCUGCCACUCCAUCCUGGGCCGCCGCCUUCACCCAGGCUCUUCUCCGCUCCUUGAUCGCCAUUCUUCCUCUCCUUCUUCUUCUUCUCCGGUCCUCUUCCUCUUUCCCACCUUCGAUUCUUCCACACCUGGAUUUGACAUCGAACGCUGGGCUGCUGAUACACCACCUGAUGCCCGCGCGGAGCCCAUCCUCAUCGUCUUUGAUGCCACUUGGAGGUACGCUAAGGAGAUGGUCGUCGCUAGCAUCCCCUUCCUCUCUCGCUUUUCGAUACAAGUUCAGGUCGGAGAUGGCUGCGACACGAGAUCGGAGGGGCCGAGCACCUACGAGUCUGGCCUUGUGUUAAGGAAGGAGCCAUGGAAGGGUUGCUUGAGCACCAUGGAGGCGGUUGCGAGGGUGCUUAGGGUGCUAGAGCCCGAGGGAAAUGGGGUGGAGAUUGAGGAGAGGCUGCUUACUAUUCUUAGGGCCAUGGUUGCUUUUCAAGCUUGCCACUUGAAGACAGUGAUGCCCCGGCAAAAGUUGAAGAAGAAAGGCCAGGCACUUGAUUCGUGCCCGCCAGUCGUUUGAUGUUAUGCUUGAAACAGAUGUUGCAUUCAUUUUGAGCCCAAUGGAAGACAAGCCGAACAAUUUAGUACUCGCUUCCACCUGAUAUUGUUGCAGCAGUUUAUUUUAGUUUGCCCCAAUAUCCAAACUGAUUGCUUAUUCUUUUU